AUCCAGGCAGUGCUCCAUGACGCGGAGGAAAGGGAGAUACGAGACGAAUCCGUCAAGCUCUGACUGAAGGAGCUUAAAGAAGUGGCUUAUCAAGCAGACGACGUGCUGGACGAGUACCAGUACGAGGUCCUGCGAGCCCAAGUGGAAGGCCGAGCUUCCCGCAAGAGGAAGCGAGUGGAAGGAGACGAUGAGGAAGAGGUUUCAAUUCCGGACGGCAUGGGAGAUACAAUCAGGGAGAUCAGGGAGAGGUUCGAUGAGAUCUCGCAGGAUCGGGAACGCCUGUGUUUAAGAGAGGAAGAUGGAGAGCGACGGGUCCUCGAAGCUCCAUACCCAGCACCAACCAGCCACAAGAUGGAUGAGUCGGCUUUUUAUGAAAGGGAGCGCGACAAGCAAGAGGUAAUUAAGUUGUUGUUUUCAGAGGAUGUGGGAAAUGGUAUCUCCGUCGUUCCGAUUGUCGGCAAGGGGGGAUUGGGAAAAACCACCAUCGCUCAGCUGGUCUACAACGACUCCAUGGUAAAAGAAAAAUUUGAUCUGACUGGAUGGGUCUGUGUAUCUGAUGAUUUUGAUGUUCAAAGGCUAACGAAGGACAUCAUUGAGUCUUUUACUAAAAAUGAAUGUCAUCUUGCACAACUAAGCAUACUUCAAGAAACUCUCGAGGAAAAGGUGAAGGGGAAGAAAGUGUUGCUCGUGCUCGACGACGUCUGGAAUGAUCAGCAAAGCCGUUGGGAGUCGUUAAGAAACCCCUUCGUCGGCGCAGAAACCGUAAAAAUUAUCGUGACUUGUAGGAAUUAUUCAGUCGCAGAGAUCAUGCAGACAGUGCGUCCUUAUCAUCCUGGCUGCUUGUCUCAAGAGCAGUCUUGGUCAUUAUUCGGACAUUAUGCAUUCCGUGGUCGGGACCCAGAAGAACAACCACGCUUGGCGGAUAUGGGUAAGCAGAUUGUUGAGAAGUGUUCCGGUUUACCAUUGGCUGUGAAGUCAAUAGGAAGCCUUCUGAGAUACAUGGCAGAUGAAAAUAGCUGGAUGGGUGUCAUACAAAGUGAUGUAUGGGAAGUCGACGAGAACAUUAAUGAGAUUUUGCCAGCUCUUAGAUUAAGCUAUAGUCGCAUGCCAGCACAUCUAAAACCUUGUUUUGUUUAUUGUUCCAUGUUUCCGAAGGAUUAUCAUUUUGACAAAGAUGAAUUAGUCCGAUUAUGGAUGGCGCAAGGUUACAUCCAGACAUCUGGAGGUAGAAGAAGAAUGGAAGACAUUGGCGAUGAAUAUUUCAAUGACUUGCAAAGAAGAUCGUUCUUUGAUUCCUCUUGGAUUGGGUUUACGAUGCAUGAUAUGAUACAUGAUCUAGCAAAAUUUAUUGCAGGAAAUGAGUGCUGGGGUAUUGUGAAUAAGAAGCUACCGAGUCUCCCCGAUGAGGUUCGCCAUUUAUAUGUGAAAGAUCGAGAGGAAUUUGUGAAAUCACUGUGCUCGUAUAAUUUUAGCGCCUUACGGACCUUAUUAAAACCGUAUUCAUAUAGAUUUCCAACAGCAAUCCAAGAAUUAAUGCUACUAAGAUGUUUACGGACUCUAGAAUUUUGUUGGGAAAGGGAACAUGAGAUCCCAGAUUUUUUUGGGCACCUGAAGCACCUACGCAACUUAUAUAUCAUUUCCUACAAUAGUGAGAAGUUUCCAGAUUCAGUAUGCCUCCUUUAUCACCUACAGAUAUUGAGGCUGCCUGGAACAGUUUGUCAGCUCCGCAACUUGCAGACACUGGUACUUGAUUGCCCGCAUCUUGCAGAGUUACCAGAUGGCCUAGGCAACCGUACCAACUUACGAUACUUACAUAUCACAUCCAACAAAAUUGACAAGCUUCCUGAAUCAAUAUGCCUCCGUUAUAACCUACAGACAUUGGUACUUGACUGUCAGAAUCUUGCAGAGUUACCAGAUGGCCUAGUCAACCUUACUAACCUCCACCACCUACAAAUUGCGAACAUCGUAAUUCUCUGCUUGCCAGCUGGGAUCGAAAAACUAACAAAACUUCAGAUCUUUCUUGGACGUUAUAAAGUGCAAGGUGGGAUAGGAGGAGUGCUGAAGAACUUGGUGAAUCUCCAAGGAUUUCUCAGCAUCUCAGGGCUCAGGAACGUGGUCAACAUAGAGGAUGCCAGGGAUGCCUGUCUUAAAAAUAAGCAUAAACUUGAGGUGUUGAUGCUAGCUUGGAAUGCGGUCCACUGCAGAAAAACAGUGUUGCAUGAUAAGUAUUAUGAUCGGUUUCAUGAUGUGCAAGUUCGCAGAUUACUACAUCUAGAAGCUUUUCCAGAGGAAAAUAAGGAUGUCCCAACAGAUGAAAAAAGGGAGGAAGCCAUGCUCGAGUAUCUCCAACCUCACGCCAACCUCAAAAUUUUGUCAAUACAAGGGUAUGGUGGUUUCAAGUUUCCAGAAUGGUGGGGAGAUCCUUCUUCCUUUGCAUCACUUGAAGGAAUCACUAUAAGGAAUUGUGAAAAAAUAAGAUCUCUUGAUCUAUACAUUCAUGACUCUCUUGGAAAUUUGGACGUACCUAUAUCAACAUCCAUGCUUGAGAGUGUGGACAUUUCUGGUUGCCCGCAACUCACAUCCAUAACAGGGCUGCAUCAUCUCCACUUGCUUAAAAAUUUGAAGAUAUACAAUUGUCCUCAACUCCGGUUCUUACCAGAGGAAAGAUUGCCAUUCAAUGUUCGACAUUUGGAUAUUGGGGAGUGCCAGCAAUUGACAUCAGUGUCGCAAAGCAUUACUUAUCUCAAUGAAUUAAUUAUACAAAAUUGUCCUAAACUUAAUAUCAUGGCAGAAGAUCAGCUCUCAUCUUUGCCUUUCAAAGUGCAAAUUAUUGAUUGUCCUAGAUUGAGUAACUGGUGCCAAGUACAAAAAAUCAACUGCAUUCAGGUCGCUUCAGGCAACAAACUAACAAUAUCGAACACAUGGGAGAACAUAAUGCAUAGGUUUGAUGAUUUGACAUCCGCUAAGCAUCUUUGUUUCAGUAAUUCUUGGAGAUUCCUUAGGCCAAGGUCCGUUGAGUAUCUUUGUUUCAGUGAUUCUUGGGAACGCUUACUGCGAAGAGACUCCAUACCCAUACUUGAAGAGCUGAUCAUAUGGAGUUGCACAAAACUCCCACCACUAAAGGACUGGAUUAAGCUCACAUCAAUUCGAAGCUUGGUUAUAAAGGACUGUCCUGGAGUCCAAGUCUUGCAAGAUGAACUGCUCCCCUCCAUGCUUCAGUCCUUGGUGGUUGAUAGUUGUGAGGACCUAAUGUUUUUGAUGCUGGCGCAGCAUAAUCGAGAUGCAUUUGAGGAGCUGCAGCUUGUAAAUUGCCCUAAGCUCGAAUGGGUGGAAGGGCUGAAUUGCCUAUUCCACGCAAAAAUUUUAAGAAUAGAACGAUGCCCUCGACUCCGGCUUCCACAAGAUGAUCUGCCUGAACUCAUAUCUCUUCGAAGCUUGGUUAUAAAGGACUGUCCUGAAGUCCAAGUCAUGCAAGAUAGACUGCUCCCCUCCACGCUCAAGUUCUUGGUGGUUGAUAGUUGUGAGGAGCUAAGAUUUUUGCGGUUGGCGCAGAAGAACCGAUAUGCAUUUGAGGAGCUGCAGCUUGUCAAUUGCCCUAAGCUCGAAUGGGUGGAAGGGCUGAAUUGCCUUUUCUUUCCAAAAAUUUUAAGAAUAGAACGAUGCCCUCGACUCCGGCUUCCACAAGAAGAUCUGCCCGAGCUCAUAUCUAUUGGAAGCUUGGUUAUAAAGGACAGUCCUAGAGUCCAAGUCUUGCAAGAUGGACUACUCCCAUCCACUCUCAAGUCCUUGGUGGUUGAUAGUUGUGAGGGGCUAACAUUUUUGCGGUUGACACAAAAGAACCAAUAUGCAUUUGAGGAGCUACAGCUUGUCAAUUGCUUUAAGCUCGAACGGGUGGAAGGGUUGAAUUGCCUUUGCUUCCCAAAAAUCUUAAGAAUAGAACAAUGCCCUCGACUCCGGCUUCCACAAGAUGAUCAGCUCUCAUAUAUGCCUUACACAAUGAAAAUUGUUGAUUGCCUUGAAUUGAGCAACAAGCUGACUACAUCGAACACAUGGGAGAACAUAAUGCAUGGGUUUGAUGAUUUGACAUCCAUUGAGCAUCUUUGUUUCAGUAAUUCUUGGGAACUCUUUCUGCGAAGAGACUCCAUACCCGUACUUGAAGAGCUGACCAUAUUGGGUUGCACAAAAAUCCCACCACUACAGUGCCUGCCCAACCUCACAUCUCUUCGAAGCUUGGUUAUAAAGGACUGUCCUGGAAUCCGAGUCUUGGAAGAUAGACUGUUCCCAUCCACGCUUAAGUCCUUGGUGGUUGAUAGUUGUGAGGGCCUAACGUUUUUGCUAUUGGCGCAGCAGAACCGAUAUGAAUUUGAGGAGCUGCAGCUUGUGAAUUGCCCCAAGCUCAUAUGGGUGGAAGGGCUGAAUUGCAUGUUCUUCCCAAAAAUCUUAAGAAUAGAACGAUGCCCUCAACUCCAGCUUCCACAAGAUGAUCGGCAAACAUUUAUUCCUCCACAUAUUGAAAUUUCAGAGGAAAUAGAGACAAAGAAACAAGUGUUCGAUUGUGUGAAGAUUGAGCAUGCUAACAGUGCAGAACUAUAG